AUGACUUCCAUCUCCCUCCUUCCCAAUACCAUUGACCAUCAAGAAGAUAGUCCUUUAUUCUCAGACCUCCCAAGCGAAAUCAGAAACACCAUCUUCGAACUAGCUCUGACUGCCCAGCAUGACGAAAAGAGACCUUACCGGGCGGACCGCGCAUUUUAUCGGCCGGGUUAUUUAGCUCACACACAGAUCAACUGUUCACUGCUCCUGACAUGUAAGCGUGCCUAUUUCGAAGCCCGACUCUUCCCACUGUCCGCCAAUGAACAUGUCUUUUGGCUCUUCAAUGGACCAUGGAAAUCCAUUGGCAAGCAAUCUCGGCAUACAGCCAACUGGGCAGCGUGGUAUUCACGUCUAAAUGAGGACCAAAAAACCUCGAUUGGUGAAAUCCACAUCUUUGUUCAACAAUUCCAUCUCGAGGCUCUGGGGAACCGAGGCGACAUUGGGCCCCUAGAUCUAUCGGCAAAGCGCUUACAUCUGACGCUACGUCACUCCGAUUGGUGGUCAUGGGAGUCACCUCCCAACUCUAGUGAUCGCCUGGGUAUUUGUCCAUGGCGCACUGAAAGAACAUCGCAUCACCAAACGAUUGCCGAACCUGAGCAGCCAGAUAUUAAUUACAUCAGAGAGCGUAUGACUCCGGAAACUUGGGGGGGACAGCUGAGCCAGGUCAAGGGCCUGGAAGUACUCGAAAUCGAGUUUGAGACCGAUCUGAACAAGAAAGAACAGCUAGAGGUUGUCGUUGCAAGAGCCAAGCACUGGAAGUUUCCUCUGGCCAACGGAACAGUGUUGGAAUGGACGGGUCAACAAAAAGACUACUCUUGGGAAGGGCUGAAAUACCUCAAGGACGACGGUCAAAUGUUGAGAGAAUCACCCAUCUCGAGGCAUGCUCUCAAACGGAAAUAUGAGGUGACUACGCUGACAUGGAAGGCACUUCCAGCCACGCACUUGGUCAUGUAA